CACCGGUCGCUGGCCUCCGCGCAGCGCAUGCGCCUUGGCGGCGUUCGGGGACUUCUUCCUCCCUCCCUCCCCCCCCCUCCUGUUUUGACCGCGCUCGUUCUAUGGGGCGCGCGCUCCGGCGGUUACCUCAGCAGCAACCGCCGCGGGGGAAGGCGAGGCGAGGCGGCGCCUCAAAGGACGGAGCGCGAGGAGGAGGAGGAGGAGGAAGAUGCCGGGGAAGCUGAAGGUCAAGAUCGUCGCGGGGCGGCACCUGCCCGUCAUGGACCGAGCCAGCGACCUGACGGACGCCUUCGUGGAGGUAAAGUUUGGAAACACUACAUUUAAGACAGAUGUGUAUCCCAAAUCUCUCAAUCCUCAGUGGAACUCAGAAUGGUUUAAAUUUGAGGUGGAUGAUGAAGAUCUGCAAGAUGAGCCUCUACAAAUAACCGUCCUGGAUCACGAUACCUACAGCGCUAAUGAUGCCAUUGGAAAAGUUUACAUUGAUAUCGAUCCUUUACUAUACAGUGAAGCAGCUACAGUCAUCUCUGGGUGGUUUCCAAUUUAUGACACAAUACAUGGUAUACGUGGAGAGAUCAAUGUGGUAGUGAAAGUGGAUCUUUUUAACGAUUUAAACCGUUUUAGACAGUCAUCGUGUGGAGUGAAAUUUUUUUGCACUACAUCCAUUCCAAAGUGCUACAAAGCUGUAAUAAUUCAAGGUUUUGUGGAAGAGCUGGUGGUGAAUGAAGAUCCAGAGUAUCAGUGGAUAGACCGAAUUCGCACACCAAGAGCAUCUAAUGAGGCCAGACAGAGGCUUAUUUCAUUAAUGUCAGGAGAACUUCAAAGAAAGAUUGGCUUGAAAGUACUCGAAAUGAGAGGGAACGCAGUGGUUGGCUACUUGCAGUGUUUUGAUCUGGAGGGAGAAUCUGGACUGGUAGUACGAGCCAUAGGGACAGCCUGUACCUUGGAUAAAUUAAGUAACACACCAGCAUUCUUACCCUCAUGUAAUUCCCCAUCCAAAGAAAUGAAGGAGAUUCCAUUCAAUGAAGAUCCCAAUCCCAAUCCUCACUCAUCAGGACCCUCAACCCCUCUGAAAAACCAAAUCUAUUCUUUUUCACCUUCCAAGUCCUACAGUCGACAGUCCUCUUCUUCUGACACAGAUUUGAGUUUGACACCCAAAACGGCCCUUUCCCUGCAGGGGCCUAGGAUUUUCCUGUUUCCCAGCUCCCCUACCCUCUCUCUUAAACAGCCCUAUCUCCUCCACUCGGGCUCUAGCCUUAGCCCUCUUCACUGUAGCCAUGCCAGCCCAAUUCUGAGGAAAAGCCUUUCUUUCACUGAAGAGCUGCUUCUGGCUGCCUCUGGAAUGGGCAGUGGGAGUGCUGGAAAAGAAGGGGGGCCAUUAAAAGCUCUGUUAAGACAACAAACUCAGUCGGCUCUGGAGCAAAGGGGAGGAUCGCCUCAUAGGUUCUGUAGAAGGCGGGAAUUUCCUUUUUUUACUUUGACGGCCUUUCCUCCAGGCUUCCUUCUCCACGUAGGCGGCGUUGUCAGCGCCCGCUCUGUAAAGCUCUUAGAUCGCAUCCACAAUCCCGCCUUUGUCGGAAUUAUGGGUAACACAAGAUCAUACAAACUGCUAGACUGGAAUAGUUUCAAUUCAGAUGAUCCGGAGACGCGAGAUGCCUGGUGGGCUGAGAUCAGACAAGAAAUAAAAUCCCAUGCCAAGGCAUUGGGCUGUCAUGCCGUAGUGGGCUACAGUGAAUCGACUAGCAUUUGCGAAGAGGUCUGCAUUUUGUCCGCCUCCGGCACGGCAGCAAUGCUGAACCCUCGGUUCCUCCAGGAUGGCACCAUGGAAGUCUGUUUGGAACAAAGGUUGUCAUGGCAGCCUGGCUACUUUUCCAUAGGGUCAGAGAAGGGAGAGGUUGAUUUUUUUCCUCAAAACCAGGAUAGUUCUUCUCUAUUAGGGUUAGAGGAAACCUCCCCUCCAGGCUGUGGCUUUUGCCACAUACCUUACGACGAGCUGAACAUGCCGUUUCCUGCUCACCUCACGUACUGCUGUAGCUGCAGGAAACAAAAAGUCCCGGACGUUCUUUUCACGACGAUAGAUCUGCCCGCGGAUGCACUGGUGGUCGGGAAGGGAUGUCUCAUUCAAGCCAGGCUGUGCCGGUUGAAAAAGAAAGCCCAAGCGGAGGCAAACGCCACGGCCAUCAGUAACCUGCUGCCCUUUAUGGAAUACGAAGUGCACACGCAGCUGAUGAAUAAGCUGAAGCUGAAGGGGAUGAACGCCCUGUUUGGGCUCAGGAUUCAGAUCACGGUGGGAGAAACGAUGCUGAUGGGCAUGGCAUCUGCCACAGGUGUUUAUCUGGCUGCUCUUCCAACCCCUGGUGGAAUUCAAAUUGCUGGAAAGACCCCAAAUGAUUCCUCUUAUGAACAACAUAUAUCUCACAUGCAGAAGAAAAUCAAUGACACAAUAGCCAAAAAUAAGGAGCUCUAUGAAGUCAAUCCCCCUGAGGUGUCAGAAGAAAUUAUAGGUUCUCCUAUUCCUGAGCCCAGGCAACGUACCAGGCUGCUAAGAUCUCAGUCUGAAAGUUCCGAUGAAAUUACAGAACUGGACCUCUCCCACGGAAAGAAAGAUGCUUUUGUCUUGGAGAUUGAUGAUACAGAUGCAAUGGAAGAUGUUCAUUCUUUAUUGACGGAUGUCCCUCCACCUUCAGGCUUUUAUAGCUGCAACACAGAAAUCAUGCCUGGUAUAAAUAACUGGACUUCUGAUAUACAGAUGUUCACGUCGGUCAGAGUCUCCAGACUCAGCAACGUCACUCUUACGAACCAAACGCUCAACAAGACCUUUAACGACCUCUGCGAGAACCUGCUGAAGAGUCUGUAUUUUAAACUUCGGUCUAUGAUUCCUUGCUGCCUGUGCCAUGUGAAUUUUACAGUCGCUCUGCCAGAGGAUGAAUUAAUACAGGUCACCGUCACAGCGGUUGCAAUAACUUUCGACAAACACCAAGCUUUGCAGACCACAAAGACGCCGGCUGAGAAAACGUUACAAAGAGCUUCGGCUGAUAAUGAAGAACAGCUACAGUUUCCUCUGGAGCUUUCAUCCGAUCCUCUCGGUUCUCAGCCGUUCAUGCCAGCGAAAGAGGACCUGGAGAAUGCAAGUUCCCACACAGGUCUCCCAGCUGGCCAGAGAGCAACGUCAGUUGAUUACAGUUCCUUUGCAGACAGAUGCAACAGCUGGAUAGAGUUCAUUAAACUGAAAGCUCAGACCAUAAGGCGUGGAUCAAUUAAGACAACCGUUUCCCUGGACAAGCCAAGCCCGCUGACUGAGGGGCAGUCCCGUCACCGUUCUGGCACAUCAGGCGUCAAUUCCACGGUGCCCGUGGUCAAGAUGACACCUCUUUCCUUUAUCCCCGGAGCAAAAAUCACCAAGUAUCUUGGAAUCAUCAACAUGUUUUUCAUCCGAGAGACCACUUCUUUGAGGGAGGAGGGUGGAGUGAGUGGCUUCUUGCAUGCAUUCAUCGCCGAAGUGUUUGCAAUGGUGCGGGCUCACGUGGCAGCUCUGGGGGGAAACGCCGUGGUCUCGUACAUCAUGAAGCAGUGCGUCUUCAUGGAGAACCCCAACAAAAAUCAGGCGCAGUGCCUCAUCAACGUCAGCGGAGACGCAGUCAUCUUUGUGCGUGAAUCCGAAUUAGAUGGGCCAGUCCAGCUUCCCGCUGCCGGUGGGCAACCCAUGAGCGCCAGAGGAGAUGUCACGACAUGAAGAAGCAAAAGGGGCUCAAUCGUGCCUAGAGACCUGCUUGUAGGAUCGCGGCACUGACUCGUUCCUUCUCGGUCAGUCACCCUCCAAGCAUGAAGGACAGCUGCAUUUUGAGACAAUCUGUUAAUAUCGUCCCUCCGAGUACACAGAGGGAAAGCCAAAGAGCCCUUUGAGGAGUCCCCCGCGCAACUGAAAGGACAUCUUGUGUGGAGGGCGUGCUUGAAAUCAUUCUCAGAACCGAGGCCGUUGAGCUGGCGCCCUGUGGUCUGUUGUAAGGCCAGGCCAAAAACUUCAGUACUCUCCAAAUCCUCAGAUUGGGGGUAGGGCGGGAUUUAUAAUGCAACUGGAAUAUAACUAAGAACUCUCUCACUCUGCCUUCCGACAGAGGAUGAUCUGCUUUAACACGCACUGCCAAAUAACGCAACGCGCGCAGCGAACGAAACAGUCGGAACUCUGCAGAACGGAAAGGCAUUGUGAACCGGACAAUCUGAGCUGAGCUGCAUGUUAAAAGUAGGCUUUUCGUGUUUGUGGAUUAUUGACUAUUUUUAUAUUACACAUUUUUUAAUUAGAAUUCGUUGAAUAUAAUGGUAAAAUAACUGUCUGGUUCAGAUGCUGUUCACGUUAAUUUUUUUUUUUUGGGCGCAAUGGUGUUGGUGGGGGGGAAUCUGUCCAAAUUCAGUGGUUUUACGAGGUUGCGGGAUGAAAAAUAAACUCGGAACGUCAUGUUUGGCAGGGGUACGAUCCUAGGAAACUGGAGAAGUGAUGGCAUUUUGAAAAGGCCCGUCCCUCUCAAAUGACUGCAGAUCCGGUAAUUGGAAGGAUAGGGAUUGCCACGAAAAAUGGAAAUCACUUUUGACAUUGCUGGAAGGAUUUGAUGGGAAAACCGGAAUAAAAGUCUGUGGAUAUGAGAGAAGAUGAUGUGAGGAUGGGAGUGGAAACAUAGUGACAGAAAAGUCUCGAGUGUUUCCGUUUCAGCCAGUUACCUGGUGAAAUGGACAAGCGCCCUUUCCCAUUUAAAUCCUGCUUCCCAGUUUUGCCUAGUGAUCGGACGCAGCAAACCCUUUCAGAAUUCCCCCACCUGCGCUUGCGCGCCUCCCCCGUCUGCGCACAGGGUCAUGUAAGAAUGCGGCUGAAAUAUCUCGACAGCAUCAGAUACCGAACUUGAAGAAAACAUGUAAACUUGAAUGUAAAUAGAUUACAUUGUGCUGGAUCUAGGUACAGAAACGAUAUAUAUAUUAUUUGUCCAGUUCAGAGAUUCCAUUGUAAAUGAGCAUGGUGAAAAAUCACAUUCCUAUUUGCAUAAUAAAAAGUCUUUAUUUACAAAAAAA